CACCCUGGGCUCUUUUUUUAAGAAUACAUUUUCUCUUCAGGAAAGCCAGGAAGGACUAGAGUCACUACUGGUACAAGUCUGGAGAAAUAUUACAGCCUUUUAUAUUAUGGACUCCCAGGCAUGCAGUAGAGCCUUGCUGGGGGAAAUGUCAGCGUGGACAAUGGGCACCCGCGUUCUGGACAAGCGAGGAAGUUUCUUUAAGCUCGUUGACACAAUUGCCUCGGAGAUCGGAGAACUGAAACAGGAGAUGGUACAGACAGAUGCCAGCCUGGAAAAUGGACUGGAAACCGCUGAAACCUACAGCAUGGUAAGACACAAGGGUGAUGGCUAUUCCGAGGAAAACGAUACAAAGGCCUGCCCCCGGGACUCUGGCUAUGACAGCCUCUCCAACAGGCUCAGCAUUUUGGACCGACUUCUGCACACUCACCCCAUAUGGCUGCAGCUGAAUCUGAGUGAGGAGGAGGCGGUACAAGUCCUCCAGUCCCAGCCUCCAGGGAUCUUUCUGGUUCGUAAAUCUGCUAAAAUGCAGAAGAAAGUCCUCUCGCUUCGUCUGCCCUGUGAAUUUGGUGCUCCACUCAAAGAAUUUGUCAUAAGGGAAAGCACAUACACUUUUUCCCUGGAAGGCUCAGGAAUCAGUUUUGCGGAUCUAUUCCGGCUCAUUGCUUUCUACUGCAUCAGCAGGGAUGUUCUGCCAUUUACUUUGAAGUUGCCUUAUGCCAUUUCAACAGCCAAGACGGAGGCUCAGCUGGAAGAACUAGCCCAACUGGGACUGAAUUUUUGGAGCUCUCCAGCUGACAACCAACCCCCAAACCCUCCACCUCCCCAUAGGCCUCUCUCCUCAGACGGUGCUUGUCCCGCCUCGCAUCAACUCUGCCUCAUAAAUGGAGUGCAUUCUAUAAAAACCAGGACGCCUUCAGAGCUGGAGUGCAGCCAGAGCAACGGAGCCCUGUGUUUUAUUAAUCCUCUUUUCUUGAAAGUGCACAGCCAGGACCUCAGUGGAAGCCUGCAGCGGCCCGACACAAGGACUCCAAAUGUGAAUGGCACCGAAAGGCCUCGGUCUCCCCCACCCAGGCCCCCGCCACCCACUAUUAAUAGUCUCCACACAAGCCCUCAGCUGUCCAGGACUGAGACCCAGGAGAGCAUGCCAGAAACAGUCAACCAUAACAAACAUGGGAACGUAGCUGUGCCUGGAACGAAACCAACGCCCAUCCCUCCGCCCCGACUGAAGAAGCAGGCUUCUUUUCUUGAGGCAGAAGGCAGUGCAAAGACCUUGAACCAUAGCCAGCCUGGAUCUGGGGGCUGGCCUGGAACCGGCCACGAGCCGGAGCUGGGCACAGCUGGCAGCCCAGGUGGGGCCCCGCCCUCGGAGACACCAGGAGAUUGCACAAGGGCCCAGCCUCCCUGCUCUGAGUCACGGCCCCCAUGGAAUGGAGGCAGACAGAGGCUGAGCGACAUGAGCAUUUCUACUUCCUCCUCCGACUCCCUGGAGUUUGACCGCAGUAUGCCUCUCUUUGGCUACGAGGUGGACACUAACAGCAGCCUAGAGGACUAUGAAGGGGAGAGUGACCAGGAGACUAUGCCUCCCCCAAUCAAGUCCAAGAAGAGGAACAGUUCCUUUGUGUUACCCAAGAUCGUCAAGUCCCAGCUCCGGAAAAUGAGUGGUGUGUUCAGCUCCUUUAUGACCCCUGAGAAGAGGAUGGUCAGGAAGAUCGCUGAACUGUCCCAGGACAAGUGUACCUACUUUGGGUGCCUGGUACAGGACUAUGUGAGCUUUCUGCAGGAGAACAAGGAGUGCCAUGUGUCCAGCACCGACCUGCUGCAGACCAUCCGGCAGUUCAUGACCCAGGUCAAGAACUACCUGUCUCAGAGCUCAGAGCUGGACCCUCCUAUCGAGUCCUUGAUCCCCGAAGACCAAAUAGAUGUGGUGCUGGAAAAAGCUAUGCACAAGUGCAUCUUGAAACCCUUGAAGGGACACGUGGAGGCCAUGCUGAAGGACUUCCACAUGGCAGACGGCUCAUGGAAACAGUUGAAGGAUAACCUACAGCUCGUACGGCAGAGGAACCCACAGGAGCUGGGGGUCUUUGCCCCGACCCCUGAUUUUGUGGAUGUGGAGAAAAUCAAGGUCAAAUUCAUGACCAUGCAGAAGAUGUAUUCACCAGAAAAGAAAGUUAUGCUGCUGCUGAGGGUCUGCAAACUCAUCUACACGGUCAUGGGGAACAACUCAGGGAGGAUGUAUGGAGCGGAUGACUUUCUGCCAGUGCUGACCUAUGUCAUAGCUCAGUGUGACAUGCUUGAACUGGACACUGAAAUCGAGUAUAUGAUGGAACUCUUAGACCCAUCGCUGUUGCAUGGAGAAGGAGGCUACUAUUUGACAAGUGCCUACGGAGCUCUUUCUCUGAUAAAGAAUUUCCAGGAAGAACAAGCUGCACGGUUGCUCAGCUCAGAGACCAGAGACACUCUGCGGCAGUGGCACAAGCGGAGAACCAGCAACCGGACCGUGCCUUCUGUAGAUGACUUUCAGAAUUAUCUCCGAGUUGCAUUCCAGGAGGUCAGCAGUGGCUGCACAGGGAAGACUCUCUUGGUGAGACCUUAUAUCACUACUGAGGAUGUGUGUCAGAUCUGUGCCGAGAAGUUCAAGGUGGGGGACCCUGAGGAGUACAGCCUCUUUCUCUUUGUUGACGAAACUUGGCAACAGCUGGCAGAGGACACAUACCCUCAAAAAAUCAAAGCUGAGCUGCACAGCCGACCACAGCCACACAUCUUCCACUUCGUCUAUAAGCGCAUCAAGAACGACCCUUACGGUGUCAUCUUCCAGAAUGGUGAGGAAGACCUUACCACCUAG